CUCUCUCUGAUAGUUUCCCGCUACAUUUUCUGAGUUGAUAAGAGGGAACAGAGAAGAUUUCGCUGAGUACAAUAGAAUCUCUUUGACAAUCGACUUAGAAGCUUCCAUGAACAACGCUCGAGAUCUCGCAGUCGUCUCUACUUCUGCAAUUGUCGGUGCUUUGAUUUCAGCUCUUGCGUUUCGCUUCUUCUCAUCAAACCCUAAGCCCCGAAGAGCUGCUUCCACCGAAAUCUCCGCAGUUUCCAGAAGAUUCCCUGGUCUCGAUCCUUACAGCCCUUUGAAGCGAAAUGGGUACUUAUCAUGGGAUGAUUAUUUCAUGGCGAUUGCAUUCCUUUCAGCUGAAAGAUCAAAGGAUCCUAACAGACAGGUCGGUGCGUGUUUGGUGAGCCAAAAUGGUGUGAUUCUCGGAAUUGGCUAUAAUGGCUUUCCAAGAGGUUGCUCGGAUGACAGACUUCCAUGGGCCAAGAAAUCCAAAACUGGGGACCCAUUGGAGACAAAGUACCCAUAUGUUUGUCACGCUGAAGUCAAUGCCAUUCUAAACACAAACCACGCAUCUGCGGCUGGACAGAAGCUUUAUGUCACAAUGUUCCCUUGCAACGAAUGUGCAAAGAUUAUUAUACAGUCUGGUGUUGCUGAGGUAAUAUAUUUUGUGGAAAAGAGAUUGAAUGACUCAGAUAUUGCCUAUGUAGCAUCUCACAAGCUCUUAGCCAUGGCCAACAUCAAAGUUAGGAAACAUCAACCAGAGAUGGACCAGAUCUUGAUCAAGUUCGAAGAAGACUUACUGUGACCAGGGACCUAACUGGUUCUAAUUCAAACAGUAGGAGCAAACCUGAAGACAUAUUCACUUAAAGACUUGGCUCUUUCUUCAUUUAGUAUUCCUGUUUGAACGUUUAAACACAAAUUCAAGGACUUUUGCACAAACAGAUAGAGAAGCAUUAC